GCACACAGUAAAUUCCACAGUGUUAAAUAUGCAGUGUCAAAGUACACUGACUAUUUCAGAGUUAUUGCAACAACAGCUGGAGUAAGAUACCACCCAGUGUUGGUGAAAAUAUCCGUUGUUAAAAUAGGCGGUGUGAAACGUACUCUGGAAAGCUCCGCCCACCUCCUCAGUCCAACAGAAAUUUCAGCCAGCCAUUUUCUUCAUUCUUCAUGUCAAGCGACUCCGGGAACAUGCUGCUUAAAACAAAACUUGGUGAUGUCCAAAAGUUUGUUAGAAUAACAGAGCCAAAUCUUAAAGAAUUUUUGGUUGCAGCAUUUGCAAAGUUUGGUGUCCCAGCUGUAACAGAAGGUGUGAAAGUUGUCGACAGUUCAGGGACUGAGUUGGAUGAAGAUGUUUUUGAGGAUGUGGUAAUGAAUCCCUCAACUGGGGUGUUGACCAUCAAAUAUGACUCAGAAUCUGUCUCAAAAGUAGCCUCUCCUGAGGCGUCCCAACCAUCAUCCCUCAAUUCUUGGGACUCUGGGGAUACAGACAUCAUUCCUGAUAGUCCCUCCAGAAAACGCCAGAGGCUGGAUGCGGAAGCUAAGCAUUUGGUGGAAUCAGUUCUUACCAACAAAUCGGGUGGGGAACGUAUAAUAAAUGAAUACAGCCGAACCAAGUCCUUGACAGAUGAAACCAGACGGAAAAUGGUUAACAUGCUGGCAGCUGACAUGACUGAAAAGAAUGGUACAUCCCCACCCAGGCAGGUGAAAGAAAUGUACGCCAGAGGAAUAGUGUCCUUAUUCCCCUACCUCAGUGACCCAUUCUCUAAGAAUGGCUAUGAGCACUAUUAUGAUGGGGAGAGUGGAACUGGGUACUUGGCCUGGAGGAUUAAAACUAUUCAGAGAAGCACUGCUAAAGAUAGGCGAUCCUCGUUUGGAGAAUCAGCCAAAGGAUCCUCUGAAGAUGUGUCUGGAGGACCAACUGUCAGACGAGAGUCCGAGUUUGUUCCAGAGACUGCCCUAACUGAAGAUGAGUGCAACGAAGCAAUCUCACUGAUGAAACAUUCAGCGGAUGAGAACAUCGUCAAGAAAAUGAAACUGACGUUUGAGCAUCGCCGCAACAUGGUCCUUGACCCACAGCAGUCAAGCAACAUACUGUCCGAAUUUCCACGUUUUAAAGACAUCAAAGGCUUGGUUGAACAGGAUUUCAUUCAGAUGUUUGGAGAGGGUAUCUCAAGCAAGCUUCUGGAGAGGUGGCCGGUCAUGUUCAAGAAAAAAAUCAUCCAACAGUGCAGAAAGCUUCCAUCCACAAGUGAGCUUGAAGAACUCUUGUUGGCAGCUGAUCCACCCGAGAAUGGCACUGAAGUUGACUUUGGUUGGGACAGUGACCUUUCGUCAGUGUUAUUGCUGCUACACCUGAUUCCACCUUCUGCUCAGGGUUGGAAGAGACCAGGAAAGGUUUCCGCAUCCCAGGCAGAGAAGCAUCUGGUGGUCUUCAAGAAGACUGGAACAAACAUUCAAGAGCAUCUCGAUGCCAUCACCAGUCAAGCUCAACCCUAUCUCCUGGCUGUUGGAGUUAAGAAGAACACGAUCCAUCAGUUCUUCAUCAUUCUUGACAAGAAUGCCAUACCUUGCAGGUCAACAUCAUCUCUUGGUGCCUUUGAUGAACUGUUUAAGGCUCAUUUUGUUUUUGGCACAUCUUAUAACAGCAUGCUCCACAACAUGUACACUUUCAUCAACACCACAGUGUACAACAUAGAUGUCGGCAAGGUCAAGGAAAGUCCUCGUGUCUCUGAAGUUAGGGCGAGGUUUCUUCGUUAGUGUUUGAAGUUUCUCUUCUCUAAUGAAGUGUUUUGUUUGUCAGGCUGAGUUAAAAAGUUCAAAUAUGCUUGUUAGGCAUUUAAGGUUAGUUCAUGGCUACUUACCUGGAAAAAAUCUCAGGCUUAAAUGUGCUCAGACUGGAUGUGGAUGUGUGUUUGGUACAUUUUCUGGUUUUAGGAAGCAUUUAAACACCAAACACACUGAGUAUAUUGACCAAGAUGGAGACACUGUUGUUAAUUUGAGCAGCGUAGGAGAGGAGGUGAUAGCUAAUGUAGAUGAGACUGCCCCAACAUCUGAACUUUUGAGAUAUUCCAAUAGGAGCACUCUAGAUAUCUGUGCCUCUGCUGUUGCACAACUCAAAGCAGCUGGAUUAAGUCAAUCUUCUGUAAAUAGUUUUGUUUCCUCCAUGGAAGAAGUGUGUUUUGAGAUUCAUGGUCAAGCUAAAGAUGCAGCUCUACAGAGCUUAUCUCCACAGGACAUCGAAAUUAAAAACAAAAUAGAGCAAUCUUUCCAAAAGUUGGAAAACCCAUUCACAUCCUUAAAUUCUGAAACUAAAAGAAAUAAACACUUCAAAGAAAAGUGGGGAAUGGUAGAACCUGUUGAAAAGGUUCUUGGCACAAGAUUUGACAGCAGAAGAAACAAAACAACUGGGACAUACGAUCAGGUCAUUGUAACUGAUAAAUUUGCAUAUAUUCCAAUUUUAGAAACCUUGAAGACAAUUUUUCAAAACCCAGAACUUUCGGAUCUGUUCAAGCCCAGGCAUGUACCCAAGGAAGGUGUAUAUGCAGACUUAAGAGAUGGCAACUAUUUAAAAAAAAA